GUCGAUCACGUCAACACCGACCCCCGGCGCACCUGACGUGGCCUGCCGCUGUGCUUGCAGACUGCUCGCCGCUGUCCUCCACCCCGCCGCCUCUAUCUGCCAGCAGCUGAGCAGCAGUAGGCAACCACCACAUCGCUGCGGCUGGUGCGCCAUCUGACGAAGACAAAGAGAGGGAGAGGAGCCGCUGCGGCGGCGAAUGGCGGUGUUUCUCGCUGCCUGGCGGCUGGCUGGCGUGUCCGCGGCUGCCCGCACCCUCCAGACGGCAAAUCCAGUGGUUCUCAGCACUUUUAAUUUCUUGGCUGUCUCGGGAGAAUUCCACCACGGCUUAGCUCGCAAAUUUUUUCAGCACAGAGAGGGCAGAGCAGGCACAGCAGAGGAUAUGCAAGUGUGUGGUUGGCCUCUGUGUGUGCAGGAACGGACCUGUAGAAGGAGAAAUCCACUCGUUCGGCGGUUUCUGCUGAAGGCCGCUGGGCGUUUCUGGGGCAUUGCAGAGGUCACGAGGACCAUGGAUGGCCUCAUUCCCAGGUACAGAUGAGCCACAAACCAUUACAGUGAACAUCAAUUGCAUCGCUUGCGGGCUUUGGUUCAGGCGAGAUCGCCGCCCCCACGACCGAGCCCCCACAGAAUUGCCAGGCGAUGCCGACGAGGUUAUUGCUGCAGCACACGAGGCACACUUGGCUCACAACGACCGGCCCUACCCAUCGACGCCUACGGGCAGUUUGAGUCCGACAAGAUGGUCUGUCCCUUCCCUUGGUUCUGAGCAACGAUGCCUCAGCAAAAGUACGUCAAGAAGACAACCGCCUCACACACGCAGGCGUCACCGAGUCAAUCCUCGCGCCUCGUCCCGUCUACACCACGGGAGAGACGCCCGCCGCACAACGACGGGCCAGCAAGCGACGCGGGAGCCUUUGCGGAGCAGCGGAGAGGAGACGACGGUCGUCGGCUGGCGAUGGAGCCAGGCAUGCCCGCCACCAAUGAAGAAAUGGCAAGGUGAGGCGGGAACCGGGGAGGCACAUACACAUGGCGACUGACUGACACGUAGAAGGACAGGAGGGUGUCAACGGGUGGCUGUUUGGUGUCUGUGUGUGUGGCGUGCAGGUACGUACAGUCGCGCGUGAGGUCUCACGUCGAGGAGUUGGUACGUACCAACGGCAAGAGGGUGGUUGACUUGAGCUCUGAAGUUGUGAGGAGACUCCCACCGGGCGCACACGACAUCAGCCAGAUCAUGGUAAGACGACGGCACGGCCACUGAGAGAGACAAGACGGGGAGGGAAGGCUCUCAUCUGUGUGUGUGUAUCUUGUUGUGUCUGCAGAACGAUGUGCUGCCUGAUAUCUUGAUUGAGGGGCUCCCGAAGUUCAUCAUGGUAACACCGACACUCCCAAUCACACAGAAACACACACCCCUCCUUGCGCCAACAUGAAACCGGUUGAUGCCGUGUGUGAUGCGCUUUGUCUACCAGAUUGGCUUCACCACGGCCAUGCAGCUGACGACCAAGGACUUCUGCCUCGACAGCCGCGUGCAGCAGCUCACCAACGCUUUCAGCAACUUGGGGUUCAAUCUCGCCAUCAGUCUCGCACACGCCAACAUCACAACCACAUGGGUCGAACACACUACUGGUACGCACAGUCACACACCACACACACACAGCCCAACGGACGCACAGACGCUCACUUGUGGUCUGUCCCUGCUGUUUGUGCGUCUGGUCAUUCAGAGGCGUUGGCGGCGCGUCAGCGGCCUCCCAUGGGCAUGUCGGCUGGGCGGCUGGAGGACGCCAUCAGAGCCGCCGUGGCCGACAACAUCCCUGCCGUGAUGGACACGUGCUCCAGUAUCAUGACUAGCGUCGUGUCGGCCCCGGAAUGGACCGAUGCGCAUCUCCACCGCUCCCUGUUCGCCCGUCAUCACCAUGACCCCCACCUCACAGCCACCCGCAGCGGCACAGUGGGGAGGGGCGUCCGGCGGCGCGAGGAGCGGUCGAUCAACACGGUGGUCAACGGGCACUUCUGCGACCCUUUCGGCGUCGGGUUCACCAACUACAAGCGCAUCACCGAGCUGGGCGGGGCCAUCCGACCGGCCAUGCAGCUCAGCGUCCAGGACAGCCGCAUGAAGGGACUCAUCUACUUCAACCGCACAGUCACCGAGGCGGCCGUGCAGAGGCCAUCCGCUCCCCUCGUCUCCCCCGGCACCACCAAGUGGCAAGGCUGGCACAAGCGAGCAGCACCCGAUUCAGCAGCAGACCAGCACGGCGGGCGUGAGGUGGACAACAACCCACUGCCGGCUGCGUGUGUGGAGGCCGCCUUGAGGGAGACCAGGGAGACCAGCGCGGCAGGGGGAGGGCACAGCCGGCCUCCCUUCCACCGGCCGUAUCCCUGCCCGCCAUGGCAGCGCAGAGACCAGCCGCAGUACGAGAGGAGGGGGUUCGUGCCCACUCUGGAAACUUCCCUUUUCGAGACUCGUGCGUCCAGAUGGUCGACAGCCGUGCCGCCAUCGACGGGCCCGCUCCUCCCUCCCCCCGCCCCCUCCUCUUCUCACAAGUGGUCACCAUCAACCCGUCUGUGCAGCGGCACCGCAAUGGGCGGCAUCCACACCCGCCAACCGCGUGACGAGCAGUCCCCUUCCUCGUCUGGCAGUUUCUGCCCUCAGGGAGGUCGGCAUCCUUCCCCUCGAGCGACCAGCCGGUGGCUGCGGCUGAAGAGGACAAGACAGGCAUGCCUGUGCCGAGGGGUGAGGUGCGGGGAGGUGAGGAGGACAGUGGAGGGGGGCGGGAUGGCGAGACUGACGAUCGCAUGAGCACGCUGGAGAACGUGUACGAGUCAGAGGUCGCGCCACCGCCGAGCGACCGGUCGUGUUCGGCCAUCUCGAGCGACGCUGCACCCCCGGCGCCCCCCGUCGCCCCUCCCCUCUCGUCAGCCCCAACACGCGACCUGCCCCCUCUUCAUCUGAGCCAGUACGCCGCAGCAGAGCACCAGUACGGCGAGGCCAGCGAAGACGAGACCCCAAUGCCCGCCAAUGCGGUCCCGUCGAUCGGCUUUGCGCCAGUGCUGCAGCAGACCAGCCAGCUGCCCAGUCCCAGCAGCGGCGCUGAGCCAACGCCUUGUGCAGGACUGCGAGAUGGCGUCAAGGCAACCGACGCGCCGGCAGGGACAGACAAGGGUGAGGAGGGGGAUGGCGUCGACGCUGGGAAGGGCCGAGAGGAGUACCGGGAUGAGUUGGAUGACACCAGCGGCCCGGUGUCGCCGGGAUACAAGGGCGCCACAAUGGCCGAGCUGGCGAAAAGGGCGGCUGCUAUGGUCAAGGAGGCCGUACACAAGAACAAGGAGGAGCGGAAGCCGCUGCUCGUGGCACAGAAAAUCAAGCCGCCGUUCACGUCCCUUCGCAGCACCCUCAGCCAAGAAGCCCGGAGAGAGAUCGACCGCCGACCGCUUGUUCGGCCCCCGCAGCAACCAAGCAACGAAACAGCCGAGUGGCCAUCUGGUCCUAGUGAGGCAUCGGGAAGCUUCCAGCAGCGGCUGUUGGGCGAGGUCCCCCGCUUUGACAAGAUGCCUGAGACGUUGCGCGUUAUCUGCGAGGUGGAGCGGGAGGGAAUGCCGCCAUCCCCCCCGCCCGAGUAUGACUGGGCGUAUCUGAAGGCUGCUGGGGGUGUGCGGCGUCUGGCUGGGGCGGGCAUGCCCUGGCGACCGACAUCUGCUGCCACUGCUGCACCACCGGCACCACCCUUGAUGAAUCCGCCGCUGCCAUCGUCUGGGGCGGCUGGAGCUGAGAUGCGUCUGUCGUCUGCCCCCAUCCCUGCGGCCAUGCCGAGCGAGGGUCGAGGACCUCUGCCAAUCGUGGCCAACGGAAGCCAGGGGGGCGAGGUCAACCUCAAUGAAGACCGUGUGGUGACCGUUAUAGUACCCCAGCCCCUCCUGCCGUCCCCCGCUGCUGCGCCUGCAUCCGUUGGAGUGCCGAUUGCGGCGAUCGGUGUGCCGACCGCUAUGCCGCCACCCAGCAUGUUGUCGUCAUCGCACGAGGGAAUACUGCCCACACCGACUUUUGGUGUGCCGACUCCGGCUUUCGGCUCGCCACCGGCGACUCCGGCGACUCCGGUGGUCGGCCCGCCCGACGUGUUUGGAGGUCCUGUGGUGGCCAACGGGGCGGUCGGCCCGCCCGACGUGUUUGGAAGUCCUGUGGUGGCCAACGGGGCUGGUGCUGCUGCUGCUGCUGCUGCUAUGGAGAUAUCCGAGCGUCCCCCUGUCUUCGCGUCAGCACACGCCCACGGCCACUCCAUUCCGCCGCCCCCGCGUGAGCCGCCAACGUACAUUGGUCAGCCAGGCGCUUACGACCACCCCCACAUGGGCCCACGUCUGCCGCUGACAUCUGUCGGUGCGCCUCCAGCACUGCUCGCCCACCGCCCUCCCAUCCCCCAAGCCAGCAGGGCGUUGAUUCCCCCUCUGAUGAUCCCUGAGCAGCUGCCCGGGAUCCUCCCUCCCCCACUACCCAGGAGCGGCGGGAGCCUACCGCCAACUCAAAUGCAGCCACCUCACCCUCACCCACUCCCACCCCAGCCCCCACCACCACCACUCUCACCCGAGAUGGUGGACAACGCCAGGAGUCCGACUGCAUUUCCGAGAGGUGGUGGGAUGCCCCGCUACGGGCCUGGCAGCAUGGACAUGUCGGCGGGGCUGCUGCAGACGCCACCCAAGCGGGCUGAGGUCAUCAUGAGCACGAUUCCGAGCCAGCCGCCGCCCGCAAUUGAUGCUGGACGAAUGGUGAUGAUGCAGCAACAGUUCAACCACCACAACCACCACCACAACCACAACCACCACCACCAGCACCAGCAGGGUGGCGGCAGACCGGCCGGGGCGGCCACUGUGGCAUCUUCACAGACGUCAUCAGCCCAUCGUCAGGUGCGCCAGACCGACACCCGCCCUCCGGUCACCCGAGAGCAAGCAGCAGAGAGCCAUGCUGCUGGACCAAGUCGCCAGCGGGCCGUCGGCCGAGGGCUGGGCAUCCCACCGCCGCCAGCAAGCAUUUCGCCAUCUCGACCGCACAUUCCACACGGUUCUGCUGGCACACCCUCACAAAGCCCUUACAACGACAGCUAUGGGCCCGACUCGUCCCCCAGUCCGUCUCCCCUCGCUCAAAGCGCACCCAGCGGCGCCCAGCCUACACACCCGACGCAGGCGAGGCAGGACGUGUGCAGCGGCAGUCGCCACACACUCGGCCAGCAAUACGGGCCUGACUUGGGAGCGGAGAGGGGGAGGGAGGGGGAGAGAGACAAGCCCGUGACCCCCAACACCGACAGAGAUGCAGCCCACCAGCCCCCUCACCACCACCAGCACCACCACCGAGGUUCGCCGCCCCCACGACGAGGCCGAGGGGGCCGCCCACCGCUCCGCUCUCACUGGCGGCCUGUGCGUGAGGGAGGAGACGACAGCCCCCAACAAGCCGACCGAGAGGAGCCCAGCAGCAGCGGCUACGGGCAUGUCAAGCGAGGCACGGGGCGGGGCGGCCAGCAGCAGCCAUCCGAGGCUCCACAAGAGGCCGGCGAAGAGGCCAAGCCAGACAACGAGACGUCAGCGGCAUCAGCAGCCCCGCUCUCUGCCAGUGAGAGCAUCACCAUCGAGGCUCCGACCAAGAAUGAGCUCUCAUCGUCGGCCGACCUGACGUCGACGGGCGAGGCGGCCAAGGCAGCCGACGAGAGCUCCCCUGGCCCCCUGGCCAAGCCUGAGGAGCCGCCCGAGAAGGGCAGCUCAUCAACCACCACAACCACCGAUAGGAAGGAGACGGCUGAGAGGCCCGCCCCGGCCGCCGCGCGUGAUCGUCGCCCCUCAGCCCCUCUGUCGUCGUCACUGCCGUCCAUCCCGCUGGCUGCAGGGCAGCGCCCGGUGCGGUACGACUAUGGGUCGCGGGCGAGCCAGGCGUCACUGGACUAUGGCUACGAGAUGGACUACGAGGACGCUUUCCAGACGAGAAACAUCAUGCGCGACCUCGGGCAGCGGGGAGUGACGGUGAAGGUGCACGGGGCAGCGUCGGUGUCCUCACCAACCAAUGACAGCUGGAGCCGCAGCGUCGGAUCCGACCCUGUCGAGCCCCAGCCCCUCACACCCUCUCUCCCUCGGGAUCGACACUUCCAGCAGUCGAUGCGUCACGACGAGGCCGUCCGCGCCUUCUACGCCUCGGCCACCACCACCCCACCGUCCGUCGAUGCCGCAUCAUCCCGCGGCAACCACAUCAGCAACCCGUCACGGACAACAGCGGCUGACACAGCUGCGGCGGGAUCGACGUGCGCGUUGAAGGAGGUGCAUGGCGGCAGCCUCAGCAGCAGAGAGCUGAUGGACGACAGGGCAUACAGAGACCGGGAGAGGUCGCCGUCCACCCCCGACGCACCUGCAGAGAGGGAGAUGGAGCGGCUUAGCGGUUCGCGAGACGGCCUCCCCUUCCCUACGCCAGCCACCUCAGACACACCCACACCACGCACGCCAAAAACACCUGGCGAGAGCAACAGUGCGGGCAGCCAGGACCGCGGGGUAAGUAUCCACACACGCAACGGACGAUGUGUGUGUCACUUAUCAUUAUUCCGAUCGUGUGUUGAUUUGAUCAGUGUGCGUCCGGCUUCUGUUGGGUUCUGAAGAAGUUGCGUGUCUUUUUGUUUCCUAACAUCGCUGCAGCCCCGCACUUUCCCUUGAACGACCUUGAUAUUUGAGCGGUGUGUGUGGGUGGGUGGGUGAGUGUGUCUGUAUGUGUGUUGCAUACAUUUUCUUUAGGGUUGUAGGGUUGGUGGGUUUCUUUCGGCUUUGCCAGCGAUGUGUGUUUUCGGGACAUUUUCUCUUCGUGUGCGUGUGCACCAUACCAUACACACCACACCACACGACACGACAUACACACCUCGGCUGCCAUACACACAGAUCGUCGGCAAGCUAAGCCACGCUACGCACGCUUCACACCCAAUGCGCACACACACCCAUCCGCCCACAUGACAUGCUGUGGUGUGUUUUGUACUGUAUCCGCCCUGUCUGGCUGCUCGCCUGCCUGCCUGCCUGCCUGCCUGUCUGUGUGCGCAUGCACUAGUAUACACUGACGGAUUGUUCGUCUGUCUGUUUGUCUGAUCCUUUGAGAGAGGGAUGGGUGGCGAGAGAGAGAGGUCUUGACGGACAGAACGUACUCGGAUGGAUGGACGGAGACACAAUGUGUUCGGGACUUAUGGGGUCAUUCGCCCUGCACGUGAAGAGCUGCCCCGAUGGUGAAUGCAUCGAUUUGCAC